AUGUACAAUCAGAAAUCAGUUCUAUUAGAUUGUUACUCGCCUGAAAAACGUCUUUUAUAUUAUGCUGGAAUCUACAGGGAAUCAACCGGAUUCAAUUUGCGUUAUUUCGUAAGCGGUUUAGUGACCAUCACUUUUUCCAUCAUGCAAUUUAUGUCGAUGCUGAUGAAGAUCAUUGAUAAUAUAUACGAAUUGGAAAAAGUCAUCGAAACGCUCUAUUUCUUCAACACUCAGGUUGCUUUCCUCUGCAAACUAUUCCCUUUCAUGUUACAACGUCACAAGAUUAAAGAGUUUGACAGUAUUGUGAGCAGCGAGUUCUUCAAUAGUUACUCCCUCGAGCAAGCUCAUUUCCAAAACAAUGCUAUCAUGGCAUACAGAAGGUUUGCGAAUACACUUAGAUACAUGUGCUUGACGACUGUAGCUUUAUUCGCUGUAUUUCCAUUGAUGGAUGGGAAUGAAUUGGCUGUACCGGGAUGGUUCCCAGUAGAUAUUAAGAAAUACAGGGCACCGAUCUUUUGCUUUCAGGUCUUUUGUUUCUUUCUGAAUGCCUUCACGACCUGCAGUAUUGAUGCAAUCACAAAUGCUUUAAUAAGCAUUGGGUCAGGCCAGUUCGAGGUACUUAAGGAUAAUUUAACCAAUUGUAGAGAAAUUAAUGGGGAUGUGAACAUGACCAAGGAUGAAAUUAAUUGCGUCGUUGUUGAGAGAUUGAAGAGAUGCGUUCAACAUCACAACGUUAUCUUAAAUUUCGUUGAUGAAGUUGAAAGCGUUUUUUCUGCUGGAAUUUUUCUACUUUUCGUAAAUAGUUUAAUGGUUUUCUGCUUAACCGGUAUACAACUUUUAGUGGUACCUACAAAACUACAGUUUGUAUCUUUACUAUUCUAUAUGGUAAGCAUAAAUUUCGAGGUGCUGAUAUAUUGUUGGUUCGGACACGAUCUAAUGACGAAAAGUGCUGAUAUUGGACAAGCUUGCUACAUGUCCAGAUGGAACGAGUGCGAUAAAAAAGUGCGUGUGAUGCUGUUCUUAAUCAUGGAAAGAGCCAAGAAACCAAUUUGCUUAACCGCCGGAAAACUCUUCACAUUGACAUUAUCCACUUUUGCGAUGCUGCUGCGAUCGGCGUACUCCUAUUACGCCGUAUUAAGACGUCUGUACGCAGAAAAACCACAGUUGUAAUUAUGUUCAUUAAGAAUUCCGUUUCACCCUGCACUUCAACUCACAUUAGAUCACAAGACGUUGUUGAAGAUGUUCACGAAACAGGUGCAAACGCCUAAAAACUGCUUUGAUUUUGAAAAGAAAGUUAUGUAUUUCUUCGGAUCUUAUCCGCUGUACGGAAAGGAUUUUACUUGGUAUUAUUUCUUCAAAUAUUUGAUAACGUUCACCUUCAGUUUUGGGUUUAUUUUGUCGAUGGCUUUUAAUAUUUAUUAUAACCUUGAUGAUUCCUCGGUGGUUAUUGAGACGCUUUACUUUGGGUUAACUCAAACAACGUAUGUUUCGAAGCUGCUGAACUUUCACAUCCGAUUUGUUGGAUUCCAGAAGUUGGAGGAAUAUUUACAUGAUCCAUUUUUCAAUAAUUACGCUGAAAAACAAAGUAUUUUCAUUAAAAACGCGAUGCGUAAAUGCUUUAUAUUCGGAUGGUCCUUCAGAGUUUGCGUCUCGGUGACUAUAGUUUUCUUCACGGUGUUCCCGUUUCUAGACAACAAGCUGCUACCGCUUCCCAGUUAUUUUCCAGUUAACGUUAAAGAUUUUCGCUACGUCCUCUUCGUUUAUCAAAUCGUUUCCGUUAUAAUGAACGGAUAUGUUCACUCAAGCCUCGACUGCAUAGUUUGUAUUUUAAUAACAAUUGGCUCGGCCCAAUUUGAGAUCCUUAAGGAUAAUCUCACCAAUCUGCGUCUAGGGCUCGACAACGACUAUGGAAAUAGAGAGAAGAAUGAUGUAAUUGUUAAAAGGCGAUUGAAUUAUCACGUACAGCAUCACGUGAAAAUAAUAGAGUACUCACAACACAUUGAGAACAUGUUCUCGUUCGUGCAAUUUGUUCAAUUCCUUGCGAGCAGCAUUAUCAUCUGCGUCACUGGCUUUCAAAUCAUUGUCACCUCACUGAAAGAUUUAAAGUUCAUUACACUUGUUCUAUACUUUGCGUGCAAUUUGAUACAAGUAUUAAUGUGCUGCUGGUUCGGACACGAUAUUCUUAGUAAGAGUGAAGGUGUCGGAGAAGCUUGCUACAUGUCUGAUUGGUAUUAUUGCGGGUCAAGCGUUUGCCGUACGAUUUUCAUAAUCAUGGAAAGAUCCAAGAAACCCGUUAUGCUGACCGCCGGCAAGUUCUUCAACUUAUCACUACAAACUUUAGUGCAGGUCUUAAAAACAUCUUAUUCUUACUUAGCAUUGCUAAGAAGAAUGAAUGAAAUUAAUGAAAUAUAAAUAAUAAAUAUUUAUACUAUACAUUUUGUCGCUAAUCUAUAAAUAUUGCUAAAGUUAAGCAAUUGAUGGGUGAUCUGCACCUUCUUAUAAUAACUACACGGACUACAAAAUAAUUCUUAAUUUUCAAUGAUUUUCUUAUAUAAUUCAUACAAUUUUAUCGAGUAAAAAUCCUGAACAACACAAAUAUUUACGACAGAAACACUGAUGAAUAUCCUCUCAGUUGAUUCAAUUGGGCAUAAACUACUCUAGCUAAUAUAGAUACUACCAAUAAUAGAAGAAUAGUAUAACUAUAGUAAUAAAAAUAAUAACUUAUAUUUGACAGUUUACAAAAGUUAAGCAACAGAUUGGUGAUAUGAACUUUAGUGUAAUAACUGGACGGAUAACAGAUUACAAUAUAAUAUUUAAUUUUCAAUGGUUUUCUUAGAUAAUUCAUAAGAUUUCAUCGAGUAACAGACACAAAUAUUUACACAAAUAUUUCGGCACAAAUAUUUACACCAGAAACACGGAUGAAUACUCUCGCAGUUGAUUCAAUUGGACAUAACAUAACUAAUGACUAAUAUUACAAAUGCAUUAACAACUUAUAUUUGACAGUUUACAAAAGAUAAGCAAUGGAUAGAUGGCCUGUACCUAUUAUCAAUGGUUUUCUUGUAUAGUUCAUAAGCUUUCGUCAAGUAACAGUUUAAAGUUUACUUCCAAAAUAUUCACAUUUCGGUUGGAGAUAUGCGUGUUCAUGGAAAUAACAGCGUCAGCAAAUGUAUACAAACUCAUUUUUAUGUAGAAGGAAAUGAGUUAUCAAAUUCUCAAAGACAUAAACUCAGAUGAUUUUCUUACAUAAUUGAAAUUAUAUUUUAGAAUAUUAGAGAUUAAUAUAUUAGCACAAAUAUUCGCACGAUUGAAAAUCUGCGUUGUAGUUUGGACAGGAAACAUCCGACCAAAUAUAGAUUCUGCUAAUAUUAAAUGCUGUACGAUUUAUAAACUAGCUUCAUUGCAGCUGCAAUAAAUAAGUGCACCGACGUAGCUAAAUUGUGACAAUUAAUCAAUUUGAAAAUGUCAAUUCGCGUGAGAACAGUCACGCAAAAUGUUCACUGCUUUACCAUUCUUCCGGUCCAUAUCAACAACGAUUUUGCGUUUGAAAUAUAAUUUGGAGGUGACUCCAUCUCAAUUCGUUAUGAAAUUGGAAAAGAAAACUGCGUACGUUGAUUAUGUAAAAAAGGGUAACGUUUAUGAAUUAUUGAAGAUGGAAAUUCCACCUGAUUUUGGAUCGGAUUCGGCUUCUCACGUUCUAGCAAAGGAAACGUUUGAUCAUAUUAUCAAGAACAAAGGCAAAAUCAAAAUUUCCUGCUGGUAUUUAAGAGAAUAUUAUAAUUAUAAUAUUAAUAAAUACAAGG